GUUAAUAUUGAGAGAGACUGAUCUACCACCGCUCCAACUCUACUUUUCGGAGUUUUUUUAUAAUAUUACAUAGGGCUCAUAGGUAAAGACUAAAGAGGUAGCAUUUUGUAGUUUAUGAAAAAAUGAGGCACUUGUUUAUAAUUGAUUUUUUCGUUUGGACAAAAAGUGGUACGUAAAAAAAAGUGGUGCGUAAGUGACGGUUAGUAGUCAAUUCUAAUUUCAAAUUCGGGGAAGAGAAAGGAAAGGAACCGACUUUUCGUUCUUAAGGAAAGGGAAAGAGAGCACCCAGAUGUUGACGUGGUAGCAUUUCUGUCCCCGCCGUCGCGACUAAAAAAAAAAAUCGGAAACGAAAACCAUCGACCACCAAUUUCCUUAACCGCCUGAAACCUAAUUUCUGGUACCGUCUCCGCCACCUCACAAUUUGCAGACUGUGCCCUCACACUCUCUCCACUUACUUCCUCCGUCAACUUGUUAUCUGUUCCUUCUCCUUAACACAGUCAGGCCGCCGCGCCGCCGCCGCAUUCUUAACAACUUGCUCUUUUUCUUCUUUCUCCUCCAGUUUUCACCCGCCAAUUUCUUAACAAUCCAGUGUCCAGAUUCUGCUCCGUGAACUCUCUCUGGUCGCCUUCGACGACGGAGAUGAUUCGAGCGGCCGCAGAUGGCCAUCAGCUUCACCGAUUGCUCCAUUCCUUCUUCCCUUCAAAACCUUAACGCCGCCAAAACCCCCUUGAGACUGCCGCUCGCCCGACCCCGCGGCCGCCGAUGGGGCCACGGCCCUCUCGCCACCGCCGUGCUUGUGGUCGCCACUCUCAUCGUUGCUACCUCCGCCUGGCUCUCUCUCGUCUCCUCCGGCACCACCGCCCCCUGCUGGCACCGCCGCUCGUCCCUAAUUUUCCAAACUACCACCGCCGCCGAUUCCGCCGCGGCGGCCCCCACACCACUUCCCUCUUCGCUCCCGGGGUUGCCCAGCCGCAAUGCCCUCCUCUCCGACGAGAACCGCGGCGGGAGUGAAGAUCAAUUGACGCUGGAACACUUGGUGUUCGGCAUAGCCGGAUCUUCGCAGCUGUGGGAGCGGCGCAAGGAGUUUCUGCGGCUGUGGUGGCGUCCCAACGAGAUGCGGGGCCACGUGUGGCUCGAUGAGCAGGUCGCCGCCGAGACGGACGAUUCCCUGCCGCCGUUCAUGAUUUCCGAGGACGCCUCCCGCUUCCGCUACACCAAUCCCACCGGCCACCCUUCGGGGCUACGAAUCUCUCGAAUCGUCUCCGAGAGCUUCCGCCUCGGACUCCCCAAUGUGCGGUGGUUCGUUCUCUGCGACGAUGACACCAUUUUCAACCCCCAUAACCUUGUAGCAGUACUCAGCAAGUACGAUUCCUCGGAGAUGGUUUACAUUGGUGGCCCUUCCGAGAGCCAUUCCGCCAACAGCUACUUCAGUCAUUCCAUGGCCUACGGCGGCGGUGGAAUCGCCAUUAGCCGUCCCCUGGCUGAGGCCCUUUCCAACAUUCUAGACGAUUGUAUUGACAGAUACCAGGGCUUCUACGGCAGCGAUGAUCGACUCCAUGCCUGCAUUACCGAGCUUGGGGUUCCUUUAUCCAGAGAGCAUGGCUUCCACCAGUGGGACAUAAGAGGAAAUGCGCGGGGCCUUUUAUCUGCACACCCAAUUGCGCCCUUUGUCUCGAUCCACCAUGUUGAAGCUGUCGAACCAUUUUACCCUGGGUUAACCACUUUAGAGAGUCUCAGGCUUUUCACCAAAGCCAUGAGCAUUGAUCCCAUGAGCUUCUUGCAGAGAUCGAUAUGCUAUGACCAUACUCGACACCUUUCGUUUGCUGUCUCACUUGGGUACGCUGUUCAAGUUUUCCCAACCAUUGUGCUGCCUCGAGUGCUCGAGCGAUCUGAAAAGACCUACUCGGCUUGGAAUGGUAUCAGCAAACGAGAUGAGUUCGAUGUGGAUACCCGAGAUCCCUACAGGUCUUUGUGUAAGAAGCCUAUUUUCUUUUUCUUGAAAGAUGCAGCAAAACAGGACAACAAUGGUACUACCUUGGGAUCGUAUGGACGAGGCUGGGUGAAUGAAGGUCUGAAAAGAAGGGUCUUUUGCUUUUUCCAUUCCCGUCCUCUGCCAAAUGUGGCUGAUAUUGAGGUGGUAGGACAUCCGUUGAGGAAGAAUUGGCACCUGGUUCCACGACGCCUCUGCUGUAGAGUUAAUCAUACAACUAGUCAACACCUGACUAUUACAGUUGCAGAGUGCGACAAGGGAUCGUCUGGUGCUUUUACUGAUUCAACAUGAAUUCGUUGGUGAACGUACAUGGAUAUCAUAUCGACAGAUAUGGCUUGUUGAGGAAGGGAGUGCUAGUUCCAUGGUGAUUCUUAUUGGUGUCUAUAGGUACCAUGGGCCUAGCUUCCUACUUGCAAGAUCUUAACUGUUCCUUGGCACACACAGACGGUUUGUGACUUAUGAGCUCAUUGAACGUCUGACGCUCAUCUCUGCAUCAUCGAUAUAGAGCUAGCACGCAUCUGCCAAGUGGAAACUGUGUGGAAGGUACGAGGCUCAUCUCGUUUUAUACAGUCUCGAGUCUUGAGCUUAAUUUGUCAUGCUACGUGCUAAUCCCACCGCUGGAAGCAUGCCUCUUCUGCCUUUAAUUUUGCUUUGGAAGGACAGUACUUAUGAGGAGAAUUAUGGCUUUGAUGUACAUCGAUUGGCUUGAUUUUUGUUGUGCCGCUUGAGUUUACGCCGAACGUUUUGAAACACAGAACUGUUGAUGCCUUGUGCAGAAGCCCUGCCGAGUAGCUCAGCCCUUCUUCGAGCAGGAAAAUGGAAGAAGGGUCAAACGGAUGCAGUGAUGCUGCUUUUCUGGAACUAAAUGUCAUUGAAUACCAAACUUAGUUUGCUUCUUCCAUGUUCUUCCAUAUAAUCUGAAUUGGCGGGCGAGAACUGUUCUCAUCUACCGAGGUUGAAACUCACGUUUCACUUCAUUGUGAACAAGAAUGAAAAUCUCCAUUCAUU